CUCUCUCCCCGUUCCAUUUAUUUUUUGAAAAAUGCUAAUUUCCGCGCCAAAACUCUCCGGAGUUCUAGCUCCGGUCACCGUCGCCCCCAACGCCUUCUCUUUCGAGGUUUAACGGAAGAAGAAUCUCGAACGGUUCAAGUCACCUAUCGACGAGGCAGCUGAGAUUCUCGCGUCUUGCAAUCUAAACGAUCGAGAUUUGCUGGAAAUGCUGGGUGUGGGGAUUCUUCUUGCUGAAGGAGAAAAUGAGUUUUUCUAUGGAUUGGAAACCGCCCCAGCCCAUGCUGAGGACAGGCUUACUGAUGCUUGGCCUCAGGGUUUGGAAACAGCAGGUGUGCCUAUGGGUUCAGCAACUGGUGAUGGUGGAUCUCCGCCAGCUUCUGCUUCUGAGAAAGAUGUGAAUAAGCCGCUCAAAGUAGCUAUGGAAGCCAUGACCAGAGGGUUUGAAAAGUAUUCAGAACUUGAAAUGCCUGCAACAAAUAAAGAGUGCCAUCACAAUGUAGCUGCAUGGUGCAAUGUUUCCCACCAAGCUGAAGCUGGAAAAGGAUACUGGUGUCAGUGUCUUCCGAAUGGGAAUUGAUUUGACAAGAAUCAUGCCAGAGGAGCCUGUCAAUGGGCUCGAAGAGAAUGUUAAUUUUGCAGCAUUGGAGCGAUAUAAGUGGAUCAUUGCCAGG